AAUGGGAGUUAGAAGUAGCGAAGAGAGUAUAAAGCAGAGAAAGAAAGAAAGAGAGACAAGCUGUGGCCUCUGUGUAUUACUUUGUAGAAGAAGCAAUUUUUAUAAAUAAACAAAAAUAAAUAUUAAAGAAAAAGAAAAGCAAAAGGUGAUGGAAUGGAGAAUGUGAGUGUGUAUUAGUGUCAUCAAAGUAAACUCAUCGCACCAAACCAAAGAAAUAUCAAACUUCACUUUCUCUCUCUACUCUGUUUCUUGUCCGAUCUUCCGUCUUUUUUUUUUUUUAAAUUCAAUUUCUCUUUUCUUUUUUCUUUUUUUUGCAUUUGAAGAGAUUGGAAAUGAAGCUGCAAUUUAAGUGAUUGUAGUUUUCUUCUUUUUGAGUUUGUGAGAAGAGAGUGAGAGAGAGAGAUAGAUAGUAACAGUCCUUGUUUGGAAGGAGAAAUGGCAGGGGAAGGAGGAGCAUUGUCGUUUUCGGUUGCGUCUGUGGUGGAGGAUGUACUGCAGCAGCAUGGGAAUAGACUUAAGGAUCUUGAUUUAGAGUCUAGAAAAGCUGAAGAAGCCGCAUCAAGAAGAAAUGAGGCGGCAGGGUGGUUGAGAAAGAUGGUUGGCGUUGUUGCAGCUAAGGAUUUGCCAGCUGAGCCUUCUGAGGAGGAGUUUAGGCUUGGAUUGAGGAGUGGAAUCAUUCUUUGCAAUGCUCUCAACAAGGUUCAACCUGGAGCUGUGCCAAAGGUAGUUGAAAGUCCAUGUGAUGCUGUUCUUAUUCCUGAUGGAGCUGCGUUAUCAGCAUUUCAGUAUUUUGAAAAUGUGAGGAAUUUCCUUGUGGCUGUGCAAGACAUUGGGCUCCCAACUUUUGAGGCAUCUGAUCUGGAACAAGGAGGAAAAUCAGCUAGGGUUGUGAAUAGUGUUCUGGCACUUAAAUCCUACAGCGAGUGGAAACAAACGGGCGGUAAUGGAGUAUGGAAGUUUGGUGGAAAUAUGAAACCUGCCAUUCCAACCAAAUCUUUUGUAAGGAAAAACACAGAGCCGUUCAUGAAUUCCCUGUCCAGGAAUUCUUCAAUGAAUGAAAGAUCCUCAAUUGCUUUGUCAGCUGACAUUGACUCUAAUAAAAUGUCUACUUCUGGUUCAUUGAGUACGCUCGUUCGUGCUGUUUUAUUAGAUAAAAAGCCUGAAGAAGUUCCAAUGUUGGUGGAAUCAGUUCUAAGUAAGGUUGUGGAAGAGUUCGAGCAGCGCAUUGCAAACCAAUAUGACCUGGUAAAGACACAUCCCAAAGACAUGGCUAUAUCCCAGGGCAACAAAUUUCCAUUUAAAUCUACAUCUGGAAAUAAAAGGGCAGAAGAAACAACCAUCAAAACCAUGAAAAAGGAGGAAUGCUUUCAAAAAAACCACAUUCCUGAUGAGGAACUUAAAAAUAAAAACCUGAAACAACAGAUGAUCUUUGAUCAACAGCAAAAAGAUGUUCAGGAUCUAAAGCAUGCACUUCAUACCACAAAAGCUGGAAUGCAAUUCAUGCAAAUGAAAUUUCAUGAGGAGUUUAGCAAUUUAGGCAUGCACAUUCAAGGUCUAGCUCAUGCUGCUUCUGGUUACCAUAAGGUUCUUGAGGAAAAUCGCAAGCUAUACAACCAAGUGCAGGAUCUUAAGGGAAGUAUUCGGGUUUACUGUCGAGUAAGACCAUUUUUAUCUGGACAAUCAAACUUUUUGAGCACUGUGGAUCAUAUGGAAGAUGGAAAUAUCAUUAUUAACACCCCAUCAAGACAUGGAAAAGGGCGCAAGGCCUUCAGCUUCAACAAGGUCUUUGGACCAUCUGCAACCCAAGCGGAAGUCUUCUUUGAUAUGCAGCCAUUGAUUCGGUCUGUUCUCGAUGGAUAUAAUGUUUGCAUAUUUGCAUAUGGUCAAACAGGAUCAGGAAAAACUUAUACCAUGACAGGACCUAAGGAUCUUACAGAGAAGAACCUAGGGGUGAAUUAUAGGGCAUUGAGCGAUUUGUUUCUUCUAGCAGCGCAAAGAAAGGACAUCUUCUCCUACAAUGUUGCAGUUCAAAUGAUUGAGAUUUACAAUGAGCAAGUUAGGGAUCUCCUUGUCACUGAUGGAAGUAACAAAAGAUUAGAAAUUCGCAAUAGCUCUCAAACAGGUCUAAAUGUACCAGAUGCGAAUCUUGUUCCUGUGUCAUCAACUUCUGAUGUCAUUGAUCUGAUGAACCUUGGACAUAAAAAUCGUGCAGUUGGUUCAACAGCUCUAAAUGACCGUAGCAGUCGCUCUCAUAGUUGCUUGACUGUUCAUGUUCAAGGAAGAGACUUGACAUCUGGAACUCUACUUCGGGGUUGUAUGCAUUUGGUUGAUUUGGCGGGGAGUGAGAGAGUCGACAAAUCUGAAGUGACUGGAGAUAGACUAAAAGAGGCACAACAUAUUAACAAAUCUCUCUCAGCUUUAGGUGAUGUCAUUGCUUCACUUGCUCAAAAGAAUCCACAUGUGCCAUACCGAAAUAGCAAGCUCACACAGCUGCUCCAAGAUUCACUUGGAGGGCAGGCCAAGACAUUAAUGUUUGUUCACAUAAGCCCUGAGCCUGAUGCUAUUGGAGAAACAAUAAGUACGCUUAAAUUUGCUGAACGAGUAGCGACUGUUGAACUAGGUGCUGCCCGAGUGAACAAAGACGGUGCAGAUGUUAAAGAGCUCAAGGAACAAAUUGCUAGCCUCAAGGCGGCAUUGGCAAGGAAAGAGGGAGAACCAGAAUUCGCUCAACAUUCUGCAUCUGACAACUCUGAAAGGUAUAGAAGAAAAGAAAAUGAGUCAUCGCCGUUUAAUUCUAACCAGCGCCUAGGAGAUGCAAAUGAUGCCAAUAGCUUCCGGCAACCCAUGGGUGAUGUAGGCAACAUAGAGGUUCAUACAAGCUCCACACUGAGACCAAAAAGGCAAAGUUUCGAUCUUGAUGAGCUAUUAGCCAAUUCACCUCCAUGGCCUCCGGUUAUUAGUCCUAACAAAAAUUAUGGGGACGAUGAGAAGGAAAUGGGCUCUGGUGAAUGGGUAGAUAAAGUCAUGGUGAACAAGCAAGAUGCAGUAAACAGAGCUGAAGACCCUUUAGGCUGUUGGGAAGCAGACAAUGGCCAUUUGCCAGAUGUCUUUUACCAGAAAUAUCUCUCAGAUUCUUCUAGAAUUUACCCUGAGCAAUCCUAUAACAUGUUUACAGGCAACAACCGGUUCAACAUGAGUAAUACUGACGAUAUUGAUGAUCUUGACGCUGGUACUAGUGAUUCAUCAGAACCUGAUUUGCUGUGGCAAUUCAAUCAGUCCAAACUUUCUGGUACCGCCUAUGGAAUCGAGUCAAAGACCAAGAAGCCAAAUUCAAAAGCAACAAAGAAUUCAGACUUGAGCAGGAAUUUAAAUCCAAUGUUAGGCCCUUCGCCGUCACGGAAAUUACCAAAUGGAGUUGGUGUUCCUCAACACCGGAGUGGAAGGCAGCCAGCUCCUGUUGAUAUGAAACGAAGAACUGGAAAUAGAAAAUAGGAGUGUUAGCCACGCUGAAGUGAGAUUUCAGAUUUUUCUUUUUCCUUUUUCUUAAAUAUAUAUAUAUAUAUAUAUAUAUAUUUCUUUAUUUUUUUUUUUCUGAGAGAAGAGAGUUUUUUCUUUUUUUCUUUUUGGUUUUUAUUUUUCCCUAUAAUGUUUAUAUAACACAGUAAAAUGGGGCAAUAAUUCAAGUUGCUUGUUGUCCAUUGGAGAGUUCAGCAGAUGUACCCUUACUUGGUUUUGACUAGGGAUACAUUUGUUUUGCUUGUUCGUAUGUAAAAUAUUCCACACUCAAAUAUGAACUCAACUUUUUAAA